AAUAAAGUGUAAGUUGACGGGGAAAAUGAGAUAAUCAAGCAUGGUCUUGAAUGUGACUGAAAAUAUAGGGUGGCUGAGAGAAGUAUCGACGAUUUUCGAUGGCUUUGAGGAGGACGAGGAACAUUGGCUCCGUCUUUCUGCACUUUCUAAUCCCGUAAUCCGUCGAGGGUCGAGAAAGUUGUGAAAGGAGGCAUUUUGAAGCGGAUAACCGAUGUGGGAAGAAACCUCAACCGAAUUGAUUACGUGGUAAGAUCUCCACCAUUGGUUUCAAUCGAAUGGUCCACUUUUGUCAGAUUGCACGAUUGCGGAGACCUUUGUCUGGGGACCUUCCAUGGUUCCCAGUUUUCCUCGUACCGAUCUAUUUUGCAGCUUUGCUGCCUCUGGCUAUCCCUCUCUCUCUCUACCCAUUCUCUCUGUUGCUCACACUCCACUAGGCUCUAACCCUCUGCGAACCUUAACCAUAACCCUGCGCACCAUGGCCUCCAACCAUCUCAACGGUGACUCCCAUAUCCACCACCUUCCCAAAAAACCCAAACUUUCUUCCACUUCCCUCAUCACUCCCUCUGAAAUCCAAUCGGAAUUCUCCCACCAUGAUCCCUCCGUCGCCCGCAUCAACAACGGCAGUUUCGGUUGCUGUCCGACCUCCGUUAUCAAGGACCAACAGGUCCUACAGCUUGAAUUUCUCCGCCAACCCGACCACUUCUACUUCAACUGCCUCAAGGAGGGGAUUCUAAAAUCCAGGACUGUCAUCAAACAGCUCAUCAAUGCUCGCCACGUCGACGAAGUCUCCAUCGUCGACAACGCCACCACUGCUGCUGCCAUCGUCCUCCAACGUACCGCCUGGGCCUUCGCCGAGGGCCGUUUCGACAAAGGUGAUGUCGCGAUUAUGCUUCACUACGCCUACGGUGCUGUCAAGAAAUCCAUCGAGGCAUAUGUCACGCGCGCAGGUGGGUGCGUCAUCGAGGUACAAAUGCCUUUUCCUGUUAAUUCCAACGAUGAGAUUAUCCAUGAGUUUAGGAAGGCAUUAGAGAGAGGGAAAGAGAACGGGAGGAAAAUUAGGUUAGCUGUGAUUGAUCAUAUCACUUCCAUGCCGUGCGUGGUGAUCCCUGUGAAGGAACUGGUUAAAAUUUGCAGGGAAGAAGGUGUUGACCAGGUUUUUGUGGACGCGGCCCAUGCCAUUGGGUGCACUGAUGUUGAUAUGCAAGACAUUGGGGCCGAUUUCUAUACGAGCAACUUGCACAAAUGGUUAUUUUGCCCACCUUCCAUUGCUUUUUUGUAUAGUAGGGGCUCGCCCAAAUGCUUGGACUUGCAUCAUCCUGUUGUGUCUCAUGAGUAUGGAAGUGGGUUGGCCGUGGAAAGUGCUUGGAUUGGGACUAGGGACUACAGUGCACAAUUGGUGGUUCCAAAAGCUUUGGACUUUGUUAAUAGGUUUGAAGGCGGUAUAGAAGGGAUCAAGAAGAGGAAUCAUGAUAAUGCUGUGGAGAUGGGGCAGAUGUUGGCCAAAGCGUGGGGGACCAAUCUCGGGUGUCCUCCGGAGAUGUGCGCAAGCAUGAUCAUGGUUGGGUUGCCGGCUUCUUUGGCAAUCUCGAAUGAUUCGGACACUUUAAAGUUAAGGACACAUUUGAGGGAGAAUUUCGGUGUUGAAGUGCCAAUAUACUACCGGGCACCAAAAGAUGGUGAGGUUGGCGUGAUAACUGGGUACGCACGGAUCUCCUAUCAAGUCUACAAUACAUUCGAGGAUUACACCAAGUUCAGGGAUGCAGUAAACAAACUUGUUUGCGAUGGUUUCACUUGCAACCUUCUUUCUAAUUGAAGAGCAUGGUUCUCAGCUUGGCUCGGAUGCUUGUCUACCUUUCAUGGUUUCGGUACCAUGAACUCCCAAAAUUAGUGGACAAGCAGCAAACACAGAGGAGCGAAUGAAUAAUGGAGAGUAGAAACAGUUAGCUUUUGUGAUUAGAGUUCCUAGAAGAGAUGUUUCUAUAUAUAUUUAUCUGUUGUGCUCUAAGAGAUACUUGUACAUAUUUUCUGACUGCUUGACAUUUGGAUGCUCUUUAACGUUUGAACUCGGAGUUGACUUUUUUUUUUUUUUUUGGUUGUGCGCGCGCGCGCCAUUCUCUGUGUACUGAUGUAAAUUUUCUCUGGUAAUGAGAGCUGCUAUGCAUAAUCUGCCAUA